AUGGAAUCCACACUCUUCAGCUACACUAUGAAGGCAUGUGAUAAUAAUUGUGAGGCUGUUUCAGGAUUUGCCUUGGCAACGGUAUGGGCGUCGGCGUCGUCGUACAUCUCGCUAAUCGCUCCACCACACAUCAAGUCGUCAGCACAGUACAUCCUGCAACUGUUGUAUCACGGUGUAGGAAAAGGAAUCGGCAGCAUCGUUGGCGGUAUUGUGAUCUCCGUGUUAGGUACUCGGAUCACAUUCAUGUUGUACGCAUUGAUAUGCGCAGUGAUGUGUGGAGGUGGCUACGCAUUGAAUAAACUCUUCAAGUACGAGGGAAUCAAAUACGGUGCCGGCAUGUUUGAGGAUGACGAAAUGAACGUGAUGGCUCCUCAAGGAGUUCCUGUUGCACGAGAUGGUAAAAUCACCGACGCAUUCUCCACAAACGCUACAGCCAAUAUGAAUUACGGAACGAUAGUCCAGGAAGAUCCCACGCAAGAUGCGUAUGAUCGAUAUGUGAGCAGUCAUGAGUGA